GGGUUUCCAUUUCCACGUGCACUCACUCCCUCACAUGUCGAAAUGUUCCCACAAUUUCAUGCGAUGUGUGUUUCAAAUCGGUCAUUCCACGGAUUUGCUGAAAAAUCUGUUCCCUUUUCCGUAGCGGGGAAAUCCUGACAUGAGUCGGCAUAUGGUCCCCCGUUUGUGUUUCCAGCUGAGACUCGCAAGCCGCAGCCAUCAUGUCAGUUGAUGCGGAGGAAGUGCAGAUCGCGCCAAGAUUUUCGAGGUGGAUGGAAGUAUCCACGACACUUGGCGAAGGAGCGCAUCAGAUUCACAGCACCGAAUGAUUGUGAUGUGUUUUCUUAUUAUAGGUCAAUUGACUACAGCAGCGGUUUGGAGUUUCGGAUCCAAUUCGGAAAAUCUGUUCCGUCAGCGAAUGGGAACAGUUCUGAGGUUGCAGUCAGGGCCGGGAGUUGUCCAAAGGUCAGAGGAGAAACAGGAAUUUCAGUCGGAGUUAGUCCUGACAAUUGUGCCGGGCCGUUUGUUUACUAUCCAGAGGAAUUGCCUGCGGGGAAACGUAGCGGAGGAGGGAGACGAAAAAUGAGUAUGGGAUAGUUGUAACAUUAAGCUUUAGAGCAACUGAAGACUGAAAAAUACAAGUCGGGACAUUCAAUUGGAAAGGAAAAUGUUUUCGAAUUUUCGUCCACGACCGAAAUCGUUGAAUUUGGGGACGAGUGUGUCAGCUCGAGGCUUCAUCCUGCUCGUUGUGAAUUUAUCCGAGUCUUAUUCUAGCUGGUUUCCCGUUAUUCUCGAUCUUCUAGGCGUUGGAAUUAUGACGGAGCAACAAAAAACCUCGAGAAACAGAAGCCAUUUAAGCGCUUCAGGAGUUUAAAUUUACGAGUAUGUGAUCAAAGCUGAAGCAUGUGACAGGAACCUAAACUCGUUAUCAUCUGAAUAAAGAUGUGAAGUGCCGAGUCAAAGUGACAGUCACAAUGGCAGAAUUAGACUCUGUUGCUAAAAUCAAGAAGUUGGUCUUCGAUUCCGUUUUCAAGCGAGCCCAGGACAUCGCUGCUUCCAACUCACUUCUCAAUAUCUCGUUUGAGGGAGAUUUCUUGGAAACAUGUACGGCUGAUUGCAAAGGAUCUUCAAGCUUGGACGUUUACAAGCUCAAUAUCCACAUCAUUGGAGCCAAGGUGAUUGGGAAAUGUUCAUGUCCGGCCUCAGCGAAGGCGAAGGAUGGGUUGUGCAAGCAUGUUAUAGCUCUACUUUUGAGGCGUAGCGAUAGGCUCUUGGAGAAAUCUGCCAGCUUUAGUAGAGCUCGCAAACAGGAGGACUUUAUGGAUGAAUAUCCAAUUGAGCGUAUUGGGAGUCCGGAGGAAGAAGAAGAAAAGGGAGAAUUAGAGGCCUCACCUUCCAAGUUGAGGAAGCCGAUGACUGACGAGAACGCAUUAGUACCUGUCCUAACUCGCCAAUCUCCGAAGCACGCCACCUCCAAACGUGCCCUGCCUGCCUGGAUGCUCGGAGUAGCGGGAUACGCUGCUGCAAGUGGCGAGUCUUCGAAGGCAUCCAAACCAAAGAAGAGGGCUGCUGUGGAGAGGCCAGCAUCCCAACCUCCCCGUCCUACGAAACGAACCAGAAGGCCCAGUCAACCGCUGAAGGUAACAAACGACCCAGAUCAGGAGGAAGAUCCCGGUGAAGUUGAUGUAGCUGAACCUGUCGAAGACCCAUUCGAUGAAGAUGAACCAGUUGUUGAAGAUGGUGACGAAGCUGUAGAACUCUUUUCUGUGAAAACGAGAAGCGGGCGUUCUAGGAAGCCAAUGCGUCCCAGGUCAAGGGAUGAGAUGGAGAUACAGAAGCAGCAUGCAGGAGAAAUUGAAUGUAACAAAGGAGAUGAAAACGUAGGAACUCGGAAAGGGAAAGGGAAAGGUCAACCUCAACCUAGAACGAAGUCUCGCCGAGUAGUUGGGAAAUUAAUCGAGGUUGAAAGUGAUCUUUCUGAUAAUGAGAAGGUCGUGUCUCCAUCUUGUAAUGAUGAAGGGGGUGUCUUGGAGAAUGUCACAGACGAUGACUUGAUGCUCUUAGCUCAGCAGCACGUUGCGAAUGAAAACGGUAGAAUUUCACAAUGUGCACCUUCAGCACCUGAUGAUAACGUCUCCGAGAAGCAGUUACCUGCGAAGAAAAGUUCGAGAUUCUCUCUGAACAAAUGGAAAGAAAUUUCUUCUGAGAAAUUGGACACAGGAGAUUUUCGGAGCCUCACAGCGGGUAGUCUGGAUCUGGAAACUUUGAAAGAAUACACCCAAAAUUCGAGUCAAAUUUUGGCAGAGCAAAGCACUCAAGGCGCUGGUGAUGAAGACUAUCCAAGCGUGCGAACCACAUCUGCUGCCGAAGGGGACACUUUUACAGUUCAUGAACCCAUCGACCCAGCCAUGUCUGUAGAUAGGGAUUCUGUUGCGAAUGACAUGCUGGGCUUGAUAUUCGGUUCUUCACUUAGUGCAUGUGUUGUGCCAAAAAGUCCAGGUCCUCGAACGGUAGUAUCAUCAGACAUCGGUGGCGGGCGCAGCAACAGUGGUAUUGAUGCUGACGGCUUUAUUGCUGUAAAGGCUUCACCAUCGUAUAGAGAAGCCUCAGCGGGAUCAGCUCCCAAGAUUCUCCCUGCAGCGGUCACGAAAAACACAGAGGAUCUAUCUGUCGAAUUCAAACCCAAGAAGAAGAGCAGUUUGAAGGACAAGAUCAAAAUGCUUCUGGAUUGAGUGAUGUCGUUGAAGCAAUCGUGGUCAUGCAGCCCUGCCGAUUGCUAAUUUUGCCUGCUUCUAUCACUGGUAGUACUUUCAUCCGCCCAAUGAAGGUGCAGAUCUGGGAUCCGGAACUUUUCUUUUGUUAUGGCUUGCAGUGACUGAGCAAUCAAAGAAGCUUUCAGCUAGAACUGGUCGUGUACUAUCGUAGCUGCAAGCACGAUUAGUCCCGAAAGUGCGGCUCGCAAUUUUGCCACAAUUUGCAAUUUCGUAAUAAGGAAUUGCACCAAUAGCGGUAGGGUCGUCCUCUUUUUGUAGCAUGGCACUCGGAGACGUGACGGUUGAUCUAGCAUUCCCGUGACCGAUCGGCUCCACAGGGAAAGGGAGUGGUGGAUAGGGUCAAAAGGACGAACUUGUUUUUUCGAGACUGAUGCCUGUUUCAAAGUCUCGCACAGAAUAUGUGAUCUUGACACGAUUCCCCACUGUUGAAAGUCGACAACUCACAAUCGAAGAAUAGUUUCACACAAUCCGAAAUGCGUCAUCGAUUCGGGCAUUUCCUGCAGUUUCGCGAGGACGAUAGUGGGGCAUCCUCUCACCCAAACCACCCCUGCAUCCGCCUCAUCUUUUUUCUUAAGCCUGUUUUGAUCCCCUUCCCGAACCUCCACCAUCAAUCCCUUGCACCGGAAAGACUGAAGGUACCGCUCUGCGCAAGAAUGUUGUGGGAAUUUUGUGGGAAUUUUGUGGGUCCCCGUCUGUCUCGCGUUCUCCAUAGCUCACGAGAUCCCAAGGCAGUCGAUCUCUGACUGACAGUCCUUUUCGGUUUAUGCCAUAGAUCCUCCCGGCCUCCUUUUGCGACCAGGCCUCCAUAGGCCGCCUACUAUGCAGUAACGACUUUUGACCCGACCCGAGCUCGUCCUCCAUCGCUGACCAGCGAGUGAGUGGUAAAUGAUAGCACUCUGAGUAUCAGCCAUGCACUGCUCAUUAUUCCCUCACGCCCCCGGGUACACUCUACAGUACAGUAUGACAUGACUCGGUAUGUCGGUUUGGGUGGGAUCUCAUGAUUUGUUAACCGACAGAGAAGUCGGGGCCACUCAGAGGUCCUUUCCAGGGGAGCUGCGUAGCUCCGGGAGACGACUUCUUCUUCUGCUGAAGUCCUCGCGACGACAGUUGCAAUCAUCGGCCCUCAACUGGAUAAACCCAACCUCAGCUUCGGUGUGGAUUGAAUUCUCGUCUGGUCUGUUCAAUCAGAAACAACUGAAGUUUAGUCUCGACCACGACCGCGACCACGAACGAGCAAGAAGUUCAGCAAUUGGAAGGUCUCUUUCUGCACGUAAUCUCUCUCGGUCAGAGUUCCAGACCGUCUCGUCUCCCAAUGUCCCAAUGUUCCAAUCACUAUUUCGUGUCCCUAAAUGUCUACGGCCGACCCUGAUGUCUGUUACUGUGGUUGCUGGCAUGAUGGUAUGAGGGAAUUGGUGGAUCACAUCCGGAUCUGAAAUGACACUGACACUCGGGUCGAAGUGCAUGCUUGCGUGGAAAUUGCGUACAAGGCAUUACGAAAGAGUCCAUCCCCUUGAGUUGGACAGACUACUGAGAGGAUGGCAUCUUCUCUGAGUUCCCAGUACGGUGACAAGCGCGAGUGGUGAAGCUCAUGCUUGCAUCCACAUCCAAGGAUUUUGGAAAACGAAUCAGUCGCAACCACACUCGGGAUUUCAGUAAUUCACCGAACGGUGCAUGGGGCUCGACGUCCAAGGUUCUCGAAACGAUGGUCGGAAAGUGGUGAUCGAAUGACAACUCUGGGAUGUCGACUGUGAAGGGGGCGAGCGAGUUGGAGCUUACAAACAUCGAGCCGAGGUCCGAGGAAGAGAAAGCUACUGAUGAAACGUGAGA